AGCGUUUUGUGUUGUGGCGAGGCGCAUGCGCAGUGAGCGUAGCUGCAUCCAAGAUGGCGGCCUGCAUCUGACACAGUAAAGUGAGAGCGCCUCCAUGAAAAUACUUCUUCUAACUUCUUCUAACUCGGUAAGAGCCUGUCUGACCACCUGUGCCGCAGCAGCACUACAUCCUGGUCACUAUGGGUCGCACGCCACACAAAGACCAGAAAGAAGAAAAGAAGGAGAGGCCCAGUAAUAUCGGCAGCACUUCUGUGCUGGACAAAUCUAAUGAGCCCUUCAGUUGGGAAGACUACCUGAGAGAAACGUCCACUGUGGCCGCCUCCCCCACGUGUUUCAAGCAGUCCAGGACCCCCCCCUCCAAUGACUUUAAGGCGGGCAUGAAGCUUGAGGCUCGCGACCCUCGCAACGCCAACUCUGUGUGCAUCGCCACGGUGAUGGGCAUGAUGGGUACUCGCCUGCGUCUGCGCCUGGAUGGCAGUGACAACACCAACGACUUCUGGAGACUGGUGGACUCCUCUGACAUCCAACCCAUAGGGACCUGUGAGAGGACGGGGGACAUGCUGCAGCCCCCGCUAGGUUUCAGGAUGAACGCUUCCUCCUGGCCGAUGUUCCUCCUGCGGACGCUGAGUGGGGCAGAGAUGGCACCAGCUUCUUCCUUUAAGAAGGAACCCGCUUGCCCCGUGGAGAAUUACUUCCAAGCUGGAAUGAAGCUGGAAGCUGUGGACAGGAAGAACCCCUACCUGAUUUGUCCCGCCACAGUGGGCGAGGUCAAAGGCCCGGAGAUCUUUGUCAUGUUUGACGGCUGGCGAGGAGCCUUUGACUACUGGUGCCCCUUCGACUCCAGAGACAUCUUCCCCGUGGGCUGGUGUGCCCUGACCAAGCACAGUCUGCAACCGCCCGGAAACUUCUUUACCCUGCCAGGUGCCCUUCUGGCCCCCGUCUCCUCCUCCUCGCCAUCACUGUCCACACGUCGCUCCACCUCCAACUCCUCGGCCUCCUCCACCAUGCAGACCUCCUACAGACUGCCCAACCCGCUGCCCCCCCUGCCCGUGCGCAAGGGGGUCAGAGGUCGCCGGCCCAAGUCGCAGACCAUCGCUCUGUUGAAGGCGGCGGCCGAGGCAGCGGCAGCGGCGGCGUCCAGCGUGAACGGAGCGUCUGAGAGCCCCGUGAGGGCCACUCAGCUGGCCCCACACAGACCGCAUAGGAAGCGAGGGCCCAAGCCUGGGAGCAAGAGGAAGUCCCGGGUGGUGCCAUCACUGGGGUCGUCAUCCAUCAAAGCUGCUCCGCCUCCAGAGAGCAGACUGAGCUCCAGCCACGUCUCAGUGGACAGUCACCAUAGCAACAGCACCGGCGUGGUCUGCACAGUCUGCGUCUACGUCAACAAACACGGCGACUACGGCCCGCAUCUGGACCGCAAACUGGUGCAGCAGCUGCCGGACCACUUCGGCCCGGCUCCCGUCAACGCCGUGCUGCAGCAGGCCGUGCAGGCGUGUGUGGACUGUACGUACCAGCCCUCUGUGCUGCUGGCCUUCCUGCAGAGCCAGUCCCACACGGGGGGAGAAGUCAUCCGAGUGCGCUCCGAGCACGGCAUCCGCUACGUCAAGCUGCCCUCCGUCACCUGCGCCUCCACCGUGCUGCGGUUCUUGGAGAACAUGUGUCAGCACCUGGAGAGUGUCAGCCUUUUCAGCACGCAGCCCUUCAGCUCCUACAACAAGAACACACGCUUCUUGGACCGGACCAAGUCAGAACCAGUGUCCCAGACGGAGAACGGUGUGUCCAAGGAUGAGAGCAUGAAGGACGGUGUUGCCAAGGCCAGGUCUCCUCACGUGACCACAGACUACCGGGCGGCGAAGAGGGAGCGGCCUUACUACACCUCCCACCCGCACACGCCUCCACCUGUGCGGCGAGUCAGCUCCACCCCCAGCGAGCACGGGCAGGUGUCGAGCCACAGACGUGUGGAAGCAGCCAGCUCCACCACAGGACCAGACCAUGUGACUCAGGACAAGGACACCUCAGCCACUGAUGCCACUUCCUGGUCAGUGGAGGAAGUCAUACGCUUUGUGCAGGAGGCCGACCCACUCACCCUUGGUCCUCAUGUCGACCUCUUUAGGAAACAUGAGAUCGACGGGCGAGCGCUGAUGUUGCUGCGCAGUGACGUCAUCAUGAAGUACAUGGGACUGAAGUUAGGUCCCGCUCUCAAACUCUGUCACCACAUCGACAAACUGAAACUAAGCAAACAGUGAACGUACUUUCUUCUUCACAAACUCUUAUCAUGUCCUCAUGCUGCUGUCAAUCACUCUUCCAAGUCAACCACACAAAAAUGACAUCAUUGCCCUUUGAUGUUCUCUCAUGUAAUCCAUUACUUACAAAGCAGCAUGGUGGUGAUCAGCAGCAGAAAUAUGAGGCAUGCUUUUAUUUUAUAUGACUGACUUGUCAGGAGGCUCACUGUUGUCUUUAUGACCAAACACUGAAAAACUAUUUUUUCUAUCAAAUUAUGCUGACCGUUUUAGUGAAAAACAAAUUGUUAAAAUACAUUGUUUUCAAAUACAGUUUGGAAACAUUCAGUGUUAAAAAAUUCAGUAUUGAAAAAAAUCAGUGUAAAAAGAAAAAAAUCAGUGUAUAAAAAUUCAGUGUAAAAAAUUUUUGGAUAAAAAAAAAAAAAUUGUGUAUGAAAACUCAGUGCAAAAAAAAGUCAGUGUGUAAAAUUUCAGUGUAAACAUUUUUAUAAUUAAAAAAAAAAAAAUCAGUGUACGAAAAUCUAAUUUUAAAUAACUUCUAUGCAUAAAAUGUGUGGUGCAAAACUCCAAAGUAACUUCAGUAAAUGAAGACUUAAACCAGGAGUAGGGAACCUAUGGCUCUAGAGCCAGAUGUGGCUCUUUUGAUGACUGCAUCUGGCUCUCAGAUAAAUAUUAGCUGACAUUGCUUCAAACAAUAAGUAAUGAAUAAUUCCGCUGGUAAUCACAGUGUUAAAAAUAACGUUCGAAAUAUAAAACAUUCUCAUGUAUUUUUAAUCCGUCCUUUCGUUUUCUACCGCACCUGUUCAAGAAGUUGCAUUAAUGGUAAAAAGCAUUUAAUUUAUUAUUGUAACUGAACACAAACAUUAUGUUAAAAUGUUAUAAUCAUAUUUAUUACUACAAACAUACAUUUUGAAGUGCAAAUAAUUGUGCAGAGACAUCCACUGUUUCAAGCAAAUAUUAUAAAAAAAAAACCUUACAAUUCAGUGUUUUUAAAGGGAAAAACAUUGACUGUAAAAAAUGUUCACCAAUGUUAAUUUUGACUGGUUUUUAAAUUACUCUCAGUUAGUCUUUUGACCAAAAUGUGUUUUAGUCAUGGGUUAGUCAUCUAAAUUAAUUUAGAUUUAGUCAACGAAAUUCCUAAACAUCGGUCUUGAAAGGAUUUUAUUAAUUAUAAUUGCAGAGCAUCUCAAAAACUGAAUUCACAACAAGGCCUGCUCUCCAUCAAUAAUAUUUCAAUAAUAACAUUUCACACACACACUACUAUGGACAGCACAGUGGUAGGGGGGUUUCAGCGUCUGCCUCACAAUACAAAGGUCCUGAGUUCAAUCCCGGGCUCGAGAUCUUUCUGUGUGGAGUUAACAUGUUCUCCCCGUGACUGUGCAGGUUCCCGCCGGGCACGGGACAAACAGUAGAAAUGGAUGGAUGGAUGGUUAGCUUCAGAAUAACAAUGUUAUUAAGAAGAAUAAGAGACUUAUUAUACUCAAAAAAUGUUGGUGUUACUUAAAAAUCCAUCCAUCCAUUUUCUACUGCUACUUUGUUAAUGCACGCAUUUAGUUGUAUUCAGUGUUAAAAAAUAUUAUAUGGCUCUCAUGGAAAGGUUCCCGACCCCUGACUUAAGCAAUCGAUUGAAUUGAAUUGAAUUGAAUUAUAUUUAUAUAGCGCUUUUCUCAAGUGACUCAAAGCGCUUUACAUAGUGACACCCAAUAUCUAAGUUACAUUUAAACCAGUGUGGGUGGCACUGGGAGCAGGUGGGUAAAGUGUCUUGCCCAAGGACACAACGGCAGUAACUAGGAUGGCACAAGCGGGAAUCGAACCUGCAACCCUCAAGUUGCUGGCACGGCCACUCUACCAACCGAGCUAUACCGCCCCCGAUGAGGUGCUUCACUCCUUAUUUACCUGCAGAACAAAUGUUUCUGCACAUCACUGUUUUUGUUAUAAACUGACAUUUUUCAACUGAAUUUUUGCACAUUGAAUUUCAAAACAGCAUUUUUUUUUCCUUCCAUGAAACUGUCAGCAUAAUCAGAUGUCAAACCAUUCAGUUCACAAAAAUCAAAACGUUCAGUUCCCUGAAUUUUGUGUCCAAUCAAAGCUUCUGUGACGAAAACACAUCACGACUUUCCUAAAACGUGUCAAUAACAUUUCAACACAUUAUGGCAACUACACCUGGUUUUAUCAGCAAAUAGUGAAGAAUAUUCAUGUUUUAUUUGGAAGUCUGACAUCAAGUCCCAAGUAAGUCAUUCUUUCCACACUUUAGUCAAGUCCAUGGAAUGUUAGCAUUUUGUCUGCUCAUCUCAUCUAGCAUUUUGUCUGCUCAUCUUGCAAGAUAGCAUUUUGUCUGCUCAUCUUGCAAUAUUACUUUGGAACAAUUCUUCACUUCUUUAUUUCUGUGCAGGAAAGUCUUUUCCUUAGCCGUACCAAGCAAAGGACAUUUUGCCGGCUGGUUGGUUGAUCCUCAUUUCACAUUGUUGCUCUUCAUCACUUUAGUACUUUUUAAUACUUUGAAGCCAUCCUUGCUUUAAUGUCAAACUCAGGUUUUUAAUCCUUUCUCCAGUGUUUCACAGUAGCAGACCAUAGAAGGUAAGACCGCCUUUGUAUAUUUGAUAUUGUCAUAUAUCGCCCUGCAGCAUCUCGCGUGUACAUAAACUACUUUUUACUCUUAAAUGUUUGUUAUAUACGAUAUGUUUGAUAUGCAUUCACACUAUUAAACAAUUAUUUACAGCAUCGUA